UCUUCCCCUCACCAAUUCUCACACACAUAUUAUUAUUUAUCAGCACAGAACCAAAACAUACCUAGCUAUUACUAUAACCAUCAUAGCAACCAUUUCUGCAAGAAUGACAACAGGAGCUGUGGGAGGUAUUCAUCCGGUUGAAGGAGCUCAGAACAGCACUGAGAUCAAUGAUCUUGCUCGUUUCGCAGUCAACGAACAGCAGAAGAAAGAGAACACGCUUUUGGAAUUCAAGAAGGUGUUGAGUGCAAAGGAGCAGGUGGUGGCUGGGACCAUGUAUUACAUAACCUUGGAAGCUGUGGAGGGAGGGAAGAGUAAGGUAUAUGAGGCCAAGGUGUGGGUGAAGCCAUGGAUGAAUUUCAAGGAGGUUGAGGAGUUCAAGCUCAUAGGCGAUGCUUGAAUUUAUGGUACUGGUUCGAGAAUCGAAAUAUAAUAAGCAAGCUUGCUCAGCCGAAACAGUACUCUGUGUUUGAGGAAUAAGAUGAAGUCGCGUUUUAUUUUCAAUUGUGCGUUUCUUUAAGUUUAGUCAGGUAGUUUAGUUAGUUAUUUUCAUUUUCUUUCUCAGUCAUCGUUUUCAGCUAUUUAAGUAGAAUUCCUUCUGCUCUGCAAUGCAUCUCCGUAGUUUUUCUCCAUUCUUCAAGAUUCGUAGCUAAGUGGAUGCAUGAAUUCUCUUCUUUCUGUAA